AUGGAUGGGGAAAGUGGUCCGAGGGCGAGAUCAGAUGCUCAGCCACACUCACCAGUCCGGAACCGAGCUGCCAGCGAUGUGGAUUAUAUCUCACCCAUGAGAAUCCCCGUUGAAAAUGGCAGUGGUACCCGGCGAUAUAGCUCAGUUGGCUCGAGGCGUAGCAAUGGCAGCGGAGUACCCAGCUUGGUUCCCCACAGUACUCUCGCGCAACGCACGCAGGGUAAAUUCACCUUGGCUGGACCAGACAGAACCCCCCAGCUGCAGUUGGCUCAGGAACCCUUCGUCCAGCCGGGUUAUGCGGAUCUGAACCCAUCCUAUGAACAGUCUUCCAACGCCAGACCGGUCUGGUCUUUGGCAAAGCCGCUGCCCCGUGUGGUGCGAUCGAGCAUGGUGCCUACCAAAGAUGAGCUCUUGCAGAACUUAGCAAAAGCUCAGAAUCCCACUGAGUACUCGCAGAGACUUGGUCUUGAGGUCGACCCAAAUGAUAUUGAGCAGGGUCGCAUUGAUAAGUUUUCCGACCCGCGCAAAAUAGCCGCCCAGGUUGAGGAUGCUCGUUUGCAGCGUGAAAAAAAUCUCAUGAAUAAGAUUAUCACGGGUGAUGUCACCUCCGCGAGACGGACUUCGCGCAUGUCGCGUACCUCCUCGGUCAGGGGAAGACGCCCUUCAGCCUGGGAUCCUCCAGAUCAACUGUUAAUUGUACAGGAGGGACAUUCUCCAAACGACGAACCAGAGGAACGACCUGCGUUCGGUGAUAAUCAGCUAGGGAAUCAAGACCUGGGUGCGAGGCUGGACGAACUCUUAGAUAUUCCUGAACUGGAGAAGGCAGGCUACCCCGAAGACCUGCAUCCACUCGUGCAGGAACUGGUCGAGGAUGAAGUGCAUAACAACCACACCACCUGGUCGGUCAUUCGUACACACCACCGUGAAGCUCUUGCCGAGGCCCUAGGUGUGUUUGUCCAGCUCACUAUGGGUUUCUGCGUCGACUUGUCCGUCACCGUCGCUAAACAGGGCAAUCCCAACACAACCGCCUGGGCGUGGGGCUUGGCAGCUAUGAUGGCCAUCUACAUUUGUGGUGGUGUUUCUGGUGCCCAUCUCAAUCCCAUCGUGACCAUGGUGCUGUGGUUCUUCCGUGGUUUCCCCAAACGCAAGAUGUCCGAGUACUUAACCGCUCAGUUCCUGGGCGCCUUUUGUGCGGCUCUUGUUGCGUAUGGAAUCUACUACGAAGCCAUUCAGAACUACCUCUAUCUCAAUCCGGAUACCGGUAUUAUUAACAGCUUCGUGACAAAUCCGCGUGAGGUGUGGGUAGGUUCUACCACGGCGUUCUUCAAUGAGUUUAUCGGUACGGCCUUUUUGAUCGUCACAAUUCUGGCUCUUGGUGAUGACCAGAAUGCUCCACCCGGUGCUGGUAUGAACUCGCUGAUUGUUGGGCUGGUCAUUACUUGUCUGAGCAUGUGCUUUGCCCAUCAGACCGGAGCGGCAUUCAACCCAAGUCGUGACUUUGGUCCUCGGCUUGCGCUUCUCGCUAUCGGCUACCCUAGCACUCUGUUCACUGAUCCUUACUGGUUCUAUGGGCCUUGGGCUGGGGCUCUGAGUGGUGGGUUUGUGGGUGCUUUCCUCUAUGACUUUUUUAUCUUCACUGGUGGUGAAUCCCCCGUUAACUACCCACUUGAGCGCACCCAGCGCGCCAUAACCAAGAGUGGGAUGAGAUGGAAGCGCCGACUGCAAUUGAAGUAA